AUGUUGCAUCACGACAGCAGCGAGAUCUCCAAGAACAUCCGCACGGCGCUGUGGCUUCCUUCUUGGGAGAGCGGGCAGAUCAACGUGAUUCUCCAUGGCGCGGAGACGCGGGCGCUGGAGAAGUCCCUGGGACAGUUGACGCCUAGCCAGAACCAAGCAGCCCUGAAGCGCAUGAUCUCGCCCUUGUCCCUCAUGGAGCCAGUGGGUGGCGGGGACAAGGCGCCGGAGAAGGCGCCAGCGCCCGUAUCGCUGGCUGGGGCGCUGGCCUCUGCGAUCAUCAACCACAUGCUCAUGUUCGGCAUGUGCUGUGCCUACGGGAUGAUCAUCUUCGCCGAGCAAAAGCACGCGACCCACCGCGCGCUGGGUGUGAAGAUGUGCCUUGUGGCGGCCUUCGUGUCGGGUAUGCUGAUGUCCAUCUUCAGCGGGAUCCCGGUGGCCAUCGGCGGCACGGACCUGAACCCUGCGGUCUUUUACGGGCUCUUUGUGGAGGUGAUCGGCCAGGAGCUCACAAACCAACUCGGCCUCGCGAACACUGCAUCUGCUUCUUACACGACCACUCCUGCUGGAAGGUUGCUCGCGAAGUCCGACGACAGCAAGUACUUCUGCACAGGCAGCCACCAAGUGGCGUUCGAGCUGGAAUGUGCUUCAUAUCACAAGCAGCUCAGAGCUACGACGAUUUUCUCGGUGGCUUUCUCCACCCUGAUCUUGGCCAUCCUCUGGACGGUGUUGGGCAAGCUGAAGCUCACACGAAUUGUCAGCUACAUGCCCUACAGCAUCUCUGAGGCCUUUUUGGCGUGCGUCGGCUACAAGGUCUUUUACUACGCCCUCAAGUUCUGCGACAUGCAGCCAGAGCAGUUUAUGCCCGCCGCGUUUGUAGGCAUUGCCCUAUACUUUGUCAAGGCGCUGCACAUUGGGAACCCCACCAUCAUGAUGCCCUUGGGCCUGCUGCUGCCGCUGGCGAUCUUCUACGGGACAGUUUAUGCCAGUGGCAACACGGUGACGUCUAUGCGCGAUGCAGGAUGGCUCUUCCCAGAGGUCGGCAACGAGCCGUUUUGGUGGGUUUGGACGGAUAGUGUCGCGACCUACGAGAGCAUCAACUUCACCGCCUGGGCGAGCACUUUGCCGGACCUGGCGGUGAUGAUCAUCGUCUCCACCAUGGAUUGCGUCUUGAAGAUCCAUGCCACCCAGACCAAGCUGCCCUUGAAGCCGGACAGCGAUGCGGAGGCAGUGAAGUUCGGGCUCUUCAACUUUAUCUUGGCCUGCUGCGGGGGUGCCGUGGGAUACAUGCAGCUCAAGUUCAACGUCAUCAGCUACGGAGUGAUGCGCAACGCCACGGACCGGCGGGCGGGAUUUGUGUACUCUCUGCUGUGUGCGGCCUGUUACUUCAGCACCGUGGAACAUUUCAACUACCUGCCCAAGCUGUUUCUCAGCGCGUUGCUCUUCUUUGCGGGAGCAGGCUUUGUCAUUGACAACAUGUAUGGCUCCAGAAAGUUCCUGCACCUGAGCGAGUGGCUGGAGAUUGUCAUCAUCAUCAUCGUGUUCAUCGCCUCCGGGCAACUCAUCUUCGCGGUGCUCGCGGGCGUGCUCUUGGCUGCCGUCGCCUUCAUUGCCAAGUACGCGAAGGUGCCCGCCAUGGCGGGGCGGCCGCACCGGGGGGACGAGGUCACGACCCGGGACCGCCCCGUGGGUGAGGUCGGGCACCAAAGCUUUAUGCACAUCGCCUCGGAGUGGAUCAUGGUGGUGCACUUGAAGGGCUAUGUCUUCUUCAGCUCCUGCGUGUCCAUCGUCCAGUGUGUGGAGCAGCAGUUCAUCAAGGAAGAGAAGAACAAGAUGCCAUCCUUCCGGCGUGUGAAGUUCAUCGUCUUCGACUCCAAGGCCAUGGACGGCAUGGACGCCUCCGGGGCCAUGGGCAUGCUGAAGCUCACCCGCAAGGCGCAGGGCCGGGGCAUCCGGGUACUCUGGUGCGGCUUGGAGGAUGCCCUCGCCGAGGAGAUGAGGGUCCGGGACAUCUUGAAGGAGGAGGACCGCUUUUCUGACCUGGAUGCAGCUAUGACUCAUCUGGAGAAGCGGAUUCUUCAGUACAAGGCCGCGCAGCAAAGGGAGUGGAUGAACCUGCACCCAGCCUUCCGUCGAGACAGGAUCCUGAUGGAGCAGCGCAUCAACUUCGAGCCCUUCAGGGAGGUCUUCCUCUCGGACGGCGCUCGCCUGGGAUGCCCCUGGAGGUAUUGCAGCCGGCUGUCCAUGAAGAGCUUCAAGACGUUGCUCUGCGUGCCUGGGGACCUCCACCGUCCCUUGUACCUGAUCCACACCGGGGCCGUGGCCAUGAUUGAUGCGGUGCCCAAGGAGGGUGGCCAGGACCAGACCUGGCAGAAGCCCCGGAUCAUCCUCAGGCAGGGCUGGUUUGUGAACGCCAACAGCCUCUUCGGCCAGCCUUCCAACAGCUACGCUGUGGCGGUGGAGGAUGGCGAGGUGCUUUUCUGGACCGAGGAGCAGUGGUGGAAGAUGAGUAACGAGCACCCGCUGAUGAUGAUGGAGAUCUCCAAGGCUGUGAUGCGGCAGCAGGGCAGCCACCACCUGCACCGAGAUCCAGAGGCGAAGGUAGAGAAGCAGCUGGACAUGUCCGCCAUUGAUAGGACCACUUCCAGCGACAAGGUGCCCAGUACCUUGGACAUCGUGGAAGAGGAGGAGGAGGAGUCCUCAUCUGAGGAGGAGGAGAUCGACAUCCCGGGCGAGACAACCGUCCUGGGCCGGAAGUCUGAGGCGUCUCUUUGCGCGCCCGUCCACCUUGGCGAUGCCUUCAGCCGGGAUGUCUUGGUGAAGCUGCCGCAACUUCAGACGAGGAUCCUGGAGAUGCACUUCGCCAGGGCCCUGGGCGAGCUGGGCUUCUUCGCGAAGAAGGAGUCGCUGGGCGUCCUGCCACAGCUGCCAAAGAUCCUCUUGGAAGACCUGCGGGUGGCGUUUUUCACGUUUGCUGAGAAGGACGGCGAGAUCACGGCAGCAGCUGUCCUUCCCAAGGGACGUGUGAUCGACGCCCUGCUUUACGUCGGGAUUUUCCACAUCCUGCCGGACGAGGUGUCGGAAAAGGACCUUCUCUUGGACGAGUUCCUCGAAGUUGGCCGCUUGGAUGUGAUUAGCGUCGACAAGUCAGUCAACCUGUUGGAUGACCAGGAGCUCCCCUAA